AUGCAGUCCUCGCAGUUAGUCCCCUUUACCAUCGAGAGUGUCUUGGCGGGCAUGCGUUCCUGGCCCGACUCGCCGGACCUGUACCGCAUCCGCCUUCGGCCUGCACACGUCCCUGGUGGCAGACUGACCAUUAAGUACUUAGCUGCACCGAACACGAGCAAGAUCUUCACUGGGUCCGAUGCUCACCGCCGUAGACACGACAACCUCUCUUUCAACAGGAUCCCUGCCGGCGACUGGGUUGUCGGUCGGCUUGUUGCCAAGGAGGAACGCAAUGACGGCGAGGGAGGCAAGCUUGAGCUCACAUCAACCGAGACUGAUGCGGCCGCUCUUAGAGGCCGGAGGCUGGCCAGCGCCGAGCCCGUCUGGUGUGGCGGGAUUGUCGACGAGAGUGACUGCCACGACUUGUCGGACCGCUGGACUACCAUCAUCAAUGCAGCCGGGCAGCAGUUCAGCAUUAUCCAGUCGCGCGAUCCCGGGCUGGCGCCGCGCUUCCUGGCGCAUGUUACCGAGAACCAUUCACAAGUGAUCGAGUUCCUGCUUAAGCAUAUCCCUGACGCUCACAAGGCCAGCCUCCCAAACCUAGAGAAGUGCAAGGCUGCCCUGGCCCAGCUGCACGCCCUCGGCAUCGUAAAAAGUCAGUUGCAACGACACUCCUUCCUUGUGCGGGACGAUUGUUCCGUCCUGAUCCAGGGGCCUUUCGACGCCCACCUGGUGGACGUUGGCGACAAUGACGAGAUCAUGAAGAUGGAGAUGGAGAGCCUCGAAGCAGUCCUUGCCCGAAGUCCAUCUGUGUAUCAAGACCAGUCGGCAAGGAUACUCAGGAUGGUCGAUCCUCAGAGGUCAAAAUUGUUCGAGGAUUUUGAGAAGGCAGAUGGGUUUGUGGUGCCCUUCGCGUACUGA